AUGCCCUUCGGACAACUCGUCCUCGGCAGCCCAGGUGCAGGCAAAAGCACCUACUGCGAUGGCAUGCACCAGUUCAUGUCCGCUAUAGGGCGCCAAUGCUCCGUCAUCAACCUCGACCCAGCCAACGACCAAGCCUCCUACCCCUGCGCCCUCGACAUCCGCGACCUCGUCACCCUCGAAGAGAUCAUGUCCGACGACCGGCUCGGCCCCAACGGCGGCGUCCUCUACGCCCUCGAAGAGCUCGAAAACAACUUUGAGUGGCUAGAAAACGGGCUAAAAGAACUCGGCGACGACUACGUCUUGUUUGACUGCCCGGGGCAGGUCGAGCUGUAUACGCAUCACGCUUCCUUGCGCAACAUCUUUUACAGAUUGCAAAAGAGGUUAAAUUACAGACUAGUAGCAGUCCAUCUAUCCGACUGCUUCUGCCUAACCCAACCAUCUCUCUACAUCUCCACCGUCCUCCUCUCCCUCCGCGCCAUGCUCCAAAUGGACCUCCCCCACAUCAACGUCCUCACCAAAAUCGACAAGAUUUCCUCCUACGACCCCUUACCCUUCAACCUCGACUUUUACACCGAAGUCCAAGACCUCUCCUACCUCAUGCCCAUCCUCGACGCUGAAGCACCAGCCAUUCGUAGCGACAAAUUCGGUGCCUUGAACAACGCCGUCGCAAACCUCGUCGAGCAGUUUGGGCUAGUAAAUUUCGAGGUGCUGGCGGUAGAAAACAAGAAGAGCAUGAUGCACCUCUUGAGGGUUAUCGACAGGGCGGGAGGGUAUGUGUUUGGUAGCGCCGAAGGAGCUAAUGACACCGUUUGGCAAGUCGCGGUGCGAAAUGAUUCUUCAUUGCUGGAUAGUAUCGAUGUCCAAGACCGGUGGAUAGAUAACAAGGCCGAGUAUGACGAGCGGGAGAGGCUAGAGGAGGAGGAGCAAGAAAAGAUCAGGGAGGCCCAGGCCCAGGCCCAGAUGGAUGCUGCUGGUCCGGUGCCUGGGUUGCCCCAGCUAGGUCCGGGCGAUGGCUCGGGGAUCAAGGUAGUUCGUAAAAAGAAGUAA